GGUAGACACGGAUACUUUGUUCCAGUGCUCACCACACCAUAUGUGUCGUUUCUUUACUUAUUCAUGAGGUGUUGGGUUGCAUGGCUUGUAGGUAGAUGACACUCCCUUCUUCCUGCAAAUUGACAAGAAAGGACAUGCAGAGGCUUUUGUGUUUGUGACUUCAUGACGUAUCAGCUGCUGAAUCUGGUUUGGCAGGAUUUCUGAGGAAAGAGAGAGAAGGCAGAGAGAAGCGGAAAGAGAAGGGAGCUAGUUUUCCUCUUUUUCUACUUUUAACUUUGUCGCUCUCUAAUUCUUCUUCUCUGGAAGGUCUGGACAUAGUGGGUGUCCGUGUGACGUCUCAGCACCAGUGAGCACUUGUCUGCCUCCUGGGCCGCAGCAGCCGCAGGGAUGAACUGGUCGGGGCUGGAGAGUCUGUUGAGUGGAGUCAAUAAGUACUCCACUGCCUUUGGGAGAAUCUGGCUGUCGAUGGUGUUUGUAUUCCGUGUGCUGGUGUUCGUGGUGGCAGCGCAGAGGGUGUGGGGCGACGAGAGCAAAGACUUUGUGUGCAACACCCGACAGCCUGGCUGCGCCAACGUCUGCUAUGACCACUUCUUCCCGAUCUCCCACAUCCGUCUGUGGGCGCUGCAGCUGAUCUUUGUCACCUGCCCGUCUCUCAUGGUGAUGGCUCACGUUAAGUACCGUGAGGAGCAGGACAGGAAGUACGUAGCACUGCACAACGGCUCUCAUCUGUACGCCAACCCCGGCAAGAAGAGAGGCGGCCUCUGGUGGACAUAUCUCCUGAGUUUGGUCUUCAAAGCUGGAUUCGAUACAUCGUUUCUCUAUAUUCUUUAUCGGAUCUACGAUGGAUACGACCUGCCAAAGUUGUCCAAGUGUACCCUGGAGCCUUGCCCCAACACCGUCGACUGCUUCAUCAGUCGGCCCACAGAGAAGAAGAUCUUCAUGUUGUUCAUGGUGGUGUCCAGCGCACUCUGCAUCCUCAUGUGCCUCCUGGAGAUGAUUUAUCUUAUCGGCAAGCGCAUAGUCAAAGUGGUAAAGGUCAGGCAGGAGAAUGAGAGGAUCAUGUUCGCCGAAUCUCAUGAGCUGAACGCCAUCGCCCCUCCCCGCUCCCAGUACCGGAGGACCGAUCCAACGCUGGUAGAGAGCAAGCUAAAUUUAAGCAAGAGGGAGAAGAUUAAAGAAGGAUGUACGACCACGUUGCUGUAGGACUGAGAUCCCCGACGCUGCGGGUUUGAGGCGACCAGUGGCCAACAGGAACAGGGAGGAGUUCUCAUUUUAACUCCUAAUACUCCUAAAAAAGGUCGUUCCUGCGUGAUGUCGUCCACCUGAACGUGAAAUACUCACGUCUCUCGCUUGGAGGCAUCAGCUGCUUAUUGGACUAGAAGCAGUUGGAGAUCACUUGUCUGCAAAAGAGACUCACAAGGACAAACAUUUGCGUCCUGCUGGCUUUUCCUGGAUUAAAGCUAUUUAAUUAAAUGUUCCACCAUGCUGUAAAUAUUGUAAAUUCAUAUCUUUUGCAUUUUUAAAAACAAUAUUAACUGUUACUCUGAGGACAUGAAAUGUGUUAUUUCUUUUACCAAUAAGAUUAAAUUAAAGUUAGGGAGGUGGUGAGCAGUGAAAUGUUACAUUAUCCUUUAAACGUUUACUUCUUGGACUAUCGUUGCUCAUUUAAAUGUACAUGUUUGCUAUGACAGUCUCUGUUUUUAGAGUUUGGAGAGGUCCCAUGAGACUUACUGGUCUGUCUUUUGGCAUGGUAUGUUUUGUAUGUAAGUGUGUGUGUGUGUGUGUGUGUGUGUGUGUGUGUGUGUGUGUGUGUGUGUGUGUGUGUGUGUGUGUGUGUGUGUGUGUGUGUGUGUGUGUGUGUGUCCACUAAAAGGUUAUUACUGUCCUCUGCUCCUUAGAAGUCAUACUUUUCAUUCAGUAUUUCAUUCAACACUUGUCGUAGGACACUCUCAUGCUGCCCACCCUGCAGCUGGUUUGGCACGCCAUCAAACAAAUCCAGUUAGAAGGAGCAGCUGUCUCACAGUCGGUCAUUAUUUUCUCACUAAGAGCGUUUCUACUAACUCCAAAACUCUCAGCUCGAGCACAUCAUGCCAGACACUUUCUCACUGGCUGCAGGAGUCAACACAAGAGUCAUUGCCUUCUGUCCGUCUGUUUACUGGCUGAAUUCCAGAAUAAAGAAAAUAAAAAAAGAGACAAUGAAACAAAUAAUUUUGAAAAUUGUAUCAGUUUGGCAUUCCAACGUGCCAUGAAUGCAGAGGUGUCAAAAGUAUUCACAUUCAUUACUCAGGUAGAAGUAUAGAUACUAGAGUUUAAAAAUACUCCUGUAGAAGUUGAAGUAUCAACUCAAGUUUUUUACUCAAGUAAAAGUAUAAAGGUACUGGUUUCAAAACUACUACUAAGUAAAAGUAAUGUAAGGGGGAAAAAAAGCCAUUAAGGACAAAAGCCAUUGAAAAUGAAUGCAUCUUAGUAUAAUGCAAAUAUAUUAAAGAACCAUAUAUGUGUACUAUUGAGCAUUAACAUGUGUUUCAGAGAGCAGGAUAUAUGACUAGUUGCCUAUAAGUAUUGCAAUGGUGCAAAAAGUCAAACUUCAGAGGCAUGUUAUCAUUUAUCCUAACCUUUAUUGGAAUGUACAUCCAAGUUUAGUUGCAGGAAUCUGAGGGAACGGAUGUAAGAACAAAACUGGACAAGAACAUCUGAAACAACCACAACCAAAUUCACUCUAUCCUGAUGGAGCAAUUUAACUGGAUAGUUUUUUUUAAAGGCCGAAAUGAAAUAGAGUAACAAGGCUGUUUUUAAAAUGUAAGGAGUAAAAAGUACAGAUAAUUGCGUGAAAAUGUAAGGAGUAAAAGUAAAAAGUCGUCUGAAAAAUAAUUACUCCAGUGAAGUA